AAAUCCAAUGUGGUUCAAACAGCACUGUGCUUAUACCAUUGCUAAGUAUGGUAUGUCUAUGUGUGUGCUUGGAAUGGCAGAAGAAUUUAAAGGAGAAAUUGCAGUCAAUGCAUUGUGGCCUAAAACAGCCAUCCACACUGCUGCCAUGGAUAUGCUGGGUGGAUCUGGUAUUGAAAGCCAGUGUAGAAAAGUUGAUAUCAUCGCAGACGCUGCAUAUUCCAUUUUCAAAAAGCCAAAAAGUUUUACUGGCAACUUUAUUAUUGAUGAAAAUAUCUUAAAAGAAGAAGGAAUAAAAAAUUUUGACAUCUAUGCAGUUAAACCAGGCCAUCCUUUGAUACCAGAUUUCUUCUUAGAUGAACAGCCGGAAACAGUUACCAAGAAAAUGGAAUCACAGGGUGGUAUUCCAGAAGUCAAAGAAGAAAAGCCGCAGCCACAGCUGCAACCAAAAGCACAUGCUGGAGCUGUGGAAGAAACAUUUAAAAUUGUUAAAGACUCUCUCAGUGAUGACGUUGUUAAAGCCACUCAAGCAAUCUAUCUGUUUGAACUCUCGGGUGAAGAUGGUGGCAUAUGGUUUCUUGAUCUGAAAAGCAAGGGUGGGAAAGUCGGAUAUGGAGAGCCUUCUGAUCGGGCCGAUGUGGUGAUGAGCAUGUCUACAGAAGAUUUUGUGAAAAUGUUUUCAGGGAAACUAAAACCAACAAUGGCAUUCAUGUCAGGAAGAUUGAAGAUUAAAGGAAACAUGGCCCUAGCAAUCAAAUUGGAAAAGCUAAUGAAUCAGAUGAAUGCCAAACUGUGAAAGAAAAGAAAAAAAAUAUGUCGACUGCUAUGUUCACAAAGUAAAAACCUCAAAGCUGAAAUCUGUUGUUUGUUUUCUUCCCUGUUGUAUAAUAAGGAUAUGCAUGUUUGUUCUGGAAAAAAAUAGAAGUUCUCUAUCUGUAAGAUUUGAAAUUGUAAUUAAAACAGUUGGCUUAUUCAACAAAAGCCUCAUUAAGUGGAAUUCUAA